UAAAGAAUGAAGAAUGAAGAAUGAAGAAUGAAGAAUGAAGAAUGAAGAAUGGUUUGUGUUCUGUCUGGGGAGAUUGCCAAGUAUCUCGAUACUAGCGCCGACCCCAAGACUCCAAGGUCAUCAUUCCCAACGUCAAUGUGGUCCGUUUGACAAUAUGCUCAGCCUCGUCAUUUCCUUGGCGCGUUGGUUAUCGGGAAAUGGUCAGUGCAUAUCUAACGAAUUGUCCUCCAGCAACUGCUGGGAGCAUAAACCAUAAACCGAUAGAACCCCAAUUCAAUACCAAUGGAUCACGAUGCGGAUGAUGCAGCUAGGCUGACUCUUGAUCUCCUGGAGGCCCGGCUACGUCAGGCUGAGUAUACAAUCUACGGACAUCUCGAUGGCAAUGCCAACAGCCUCAAGCGGAAGUCAGUGGCAGAGCGGCUUCACGAGCUAGAGAAGGGCCUGGACGUGAUCGCUGCGAAGUCCCAGGUUGCUCAGGGCCUAUUGAAGCUUCAUGCGCGGCAUCCCGAUCUCUUCUACAGCCCCGAUAGCGAGGUGCCGCCAUCUCUACUUGACCUAUCGUCCAAAUCAGCCAUCGUCCUCUCCUCGGCAGCCUCAUUCCCGCUGACCGCCUCGAGCUUGACGUCGAUCCGCGAUACCCCGAUACCUGAGGCCGAACGAUCCGCCAAGAUCAUGGCGACAAGACCUCAAGUCUCGGAGCUCGAGGCACUCCAGGCCGCGCAGAUGAAGACUGUUGCGUCGCUGAAGGAGCGCACAGCUGCCGUCCUCCAGCGGUGUUACUCGGUGGAUAUCUUACAAUCUGGCGAGCACUGGGCAGAGAUAGAGGGCAGGAUUGACAGCACGGAGCAAGGCAUACGCCGAGCAGAAAUCGCGCGGCAGGAAGAGGCUGCUGGAUGAGACAUUCAUCCAACAUCCAUCCACCUACGACCCAACAUCCAUCCACCUACGACCCAACGUCCAUCCA